ACACGUAAUACAUACAAGCGAAAUAGGUAUCGAACAGAGUAUUAUACUGCGGACGCCACAGUUAGCUUUUUCCUAUUGUGUUUUUCCCAAAUUUAUGACAUUUGCGCUUCUGUUAUUUGGUGCAUUUAAUGCGGACUUCCGCGCUUUGACCUAAGAGUUUGAGUGAAGACAUCUGCAAAGAUGGGGGAGGAUUUCCUCUCUUUGAAGUGGAACAACCACAAACCGGCAUUUUUUCAUUUAUUGAAAAUAUUAAGGGAAAAGGGUUGUUAUUCUGAUGUGACGCUAGCUUGUGGAUCAAAGUUUUUUGCAGUCCAUCGUUUGGUUCUUAUGGCCUGUAGUGAUUUCUUUAUAGAAGUGUUUGAUCAUACUCACUGUCAAAAACCUGUUAUUGUACUUAAAGACAUCAAAGGCCAAGAACUUGAGGCUUUGUUAGAUUAUAUGUACCUAGGGGAAGUUGAGGUUCAGCAGACUGAUCUUCCUGGUCUCAUAAAAGCUGCAGAGUGCUUGAAAAUUAAAGGCCUUGCUGUUCCUGAUGAGGAUCCAACUCAGCCUGCAAAGGGUGAUACUAGCCAGAAGGCUGGUGAGCGUCCAGCAAAGAGAAGGCGUCAGGAACGGGAAGUGAGGGAAAGUGAUCGUGGUAGUGUUACAUCUCACAGUACUGAACGAUUAGAACUCAGGGGCUCACACACAACUCAGACUAAUGCUGUUCCACAGUAUGCACAUCAUAGGACGGAUAUUGAAAUUAUUCAGGGAAGUGAUCAAGACAUUAACCCUAGUACAAUUACUGUGUCUCAUACGGGAGGUGAGACCCACCUUAUUUCUCAUGAUACUACUUCAAUUGUACAACGAACAGAUGUGCUUCAGGUGCAUCCAGAACAGACUUCCUCCCCGAAUAGAAUACAGACGCAUGAGGCUCAUCUCGAGCAAGAGUCUCAUAUGCACCAUGAUACCACACAAGGACAACACAGUGAAAGUAAAGAGUUAGAAAGUUUUACUCAUAGUGCGCCAGAAAUAAAAGUUGAACAUUGUGAAUUAGAAGAAGAAAUUGAAAAUGGUACACUAAAAAGUGAAGUGACGGAAAUACAUACUGAUCCAAUGAGUGAAACUGCUGCCGGAGUGGGUGAGUUUUCACACUUUAUGACAGCUGAAGAGAACUUAGCCCACCACAUGUUUCAGCAAGCCCAGCAGGCCGGGCCAUCAGGACUUCACAGACCGACCGGCCGUGAGGGCAGCACUGAAACUGGUGGAGAAGACGUUAAUAUAAACCGUGGUGGUGUGGUGGGAGGUGGAAUGUAUCCAUCCCACCUUUUAGCUGAAGCAGCACCUGAAAGUACAUCUACUACUGUCACAAACCAGUCGGGUCUGGUGAUGACAGAGGGUCCGGUGGUACGUGAUGAACAAGGGAGGCUGUGCUACCGUUGCCUCUACUGCCCCCGUAUUGAUUCCGACAAGAGCAAGUGGAGAAGACACCUACGUACUCACACGGGAGAAAAGCCUUAUCAGUGUACCAAGUGUCCUUACAGAGCAACUACAAGACAUGCAGUUGUACGGCAUGACAAGUUUAGACAUUCUUUGGAAGGGUGUUCUGGGGGACUUGGUAUCACAUUAGGCGUUAGGGCAGAAGAAAAACAUUAGAAUGGGCUUUGAGAAGUCUUCAGGUAAUCAUGCCUGUAAUGAGUCAGUAUUGGUUCUUAAAUAUCUGAUUGCAGAAUGUCUUCAGGUGUUUUAGUAAAAUGAAGUGAUGAUUAUAGAACCAUACAUUAAUGUAGGGACAGUGCUUUUUCUGUAGGAAAUUGAAGUUUUUAUAGCCAUAGUUUUCAUUAAGUGAUAAUGAAAAACUCAUUUUCUUUUAAUAGGGCCCUGUAGUGUUGUAGUAGUCUUCAUUGUUUUCCAAUACAGUUGCAUUUUUUGCAUUCAAUUUGUACUGUAGCCAUUUUCUAAAGGAAAAUAGCAUAGUUUCUGUUACUGAUUCUGUGUUCAUGGUAAAGCUUUAGGUGUGAUGCUCUUUAAUGUAAUUAAAGUUUUUUAAUCAAACCAUCCAAGAUAGGAGUUAAAAAAAUUGAAAAAUGCAAGGAUUCAUAUUUUGAAUAGAAGAGCAAUUUGCAAUUUGGAAAUUAGGAUUUAGUGAGUAAUUUUCAGUUCUCAUGGCAUAAAUAUUCUUUCACAAAUGUUAAUCAUUUUAUAGUGUUUUAUGUAUGCCUUAUAUGAGGUAUGCAAAUGCAAAGGAUGAUCAUUCAACAUUGGUAAAAGAUUCUACUUGCUAUAGCACGAGUUUCUGAAUGAGGGCAAGUUUCUCACCCAUACUAUUUUGUAAGCUGUAAGGGUCUUGUAUGUUUGCUAUCUAGGCUCCUUAGUACGUACACAUUUGUGUUAUACUGAUUUUUAUGAACUGAUAGACAGGCAUUGCUUCUUGAGUAUUUUGUUGGCUUAUGAUGCGAAGAGGUAGCAGGCUAGAACAUAUUGGUUCUGGGAGGCAAGCUUUAAUCACCUUGAAUCCCACUGUUCAACACUAUUUCCUCUCUGUGAAAGAUCAUGAUUUACUCUAAUUCUAGAAAUCAGCAGUGGCUAUCACAUUUCUUUUUAUAUAUAUAUUAAUACCACGUGUACUUGGAUAUGAAUACAUACCUUCAUUGAUCCAUGUACAGAUACCCGGGUAAUGCCUGCAUUAUAAAAAAACACCUUUUCUUACCAUAUGGGAAUUUCAACAUCUGUAUGUACUUCAGUUUGUCCAAUUUCUUCAAGUUUUAAAAUGUUAGCCCUGGUAUCCUUUGAGCUAAAUAAUUAGGGACCAUAUAUGACUUACUGAGAAUAAUUUGUUUUGCUAUUGAUGACACUGUUGCAAUAGUCUUGCAUUUAAACUUGGAUGAUUGCUUUAUUUGUGCAAGGUCCAUUUUCUCAUUUAGAAGUUAGGCCUCUUCACUUAAAACCAAAUAUCAAGGGGAUAAAGCAUAUCCUGACAUCAUCAUACCCACUACUACACUAGUAUACCUAGGUGGCUUUUCAGGGCUUUCUUCCUUCUUUCUCCAGUUUUUGUCACCAUAUUGGUUAUCUUGUGCUAGAUAUGUUCUCUUACAGUAGGUCCUCUGAAAGCCAUGAUAUUCAAGACAUCAUCAAUGUUUUUCAUUGACUAUUGAUCUUCCUGAAUGUGAUCUUAUUACAUAGCACUGAAAUAGUUCUCUCUCUCUCUCUCUCUCUCUCUCUCUCUCUCUCUCUCUCUCUCUCUCUCUCUCUCUCUCUCUCUCUCUCUCUCUCUCUCUCAGGUAGUCAGCUUGAGUACUAGAACAUUUUCCAAACGAGAUAUGUACUGUGCAUGCCAUCCAUGACUUUGAUUAGGGCAGCUAUAAACUGACUCUCACUAGUAUGGUCUCCACAACAAAUUAACAUGGCCAAAUAUUUUAACCAAAGGGAGUUCUAUUUUAUUUCACAUAAUAGUACUAGUUAAAACUUGCAUGAACUUUUUUAAUGUGUAAGGAAACUAUAGCAUCAUCCAGUGUUGGCAUGAACAAUAUGAGACUUUAAAUCUACCCCCCCCCAAAAAAAAAAAAAAAAAUAAAUAAAUAAAAAGCACACUCAGAACUUAACCAGAAGCAGGAUAAGCAGAUCUGGAGUAAACUUAAUUUAAGACUUCUACUUCUGCAAAGAGAAUGAACUCCAAAUGCGAUCAACAGCCAACAUGCUGUAGCAGCGAUAUUGAUAAAGAUACGUGUUUGGGAUAGACAAAAAAUUGAAACUAUCAAAUUUAUAACCAUUACAUUAAGAAAAAAAAUUAGCGAAGAAUGUUAGAGCAUAGGACUGCACCUUGAGCAAGACAAUCCAAAAGUAUUUUUUACAUAUAUGAAUGGUUUUCUAUAUGUGAAUGGUAGAAAACCAUUUAUAUGACAGGAACAGUGGGGCCUUUAAAAAAUAAAAAUGACAAUAUUAUUGGUAGUGGCAGAUUUAUUUAGUGAAUACUUUGAUAGUGUCACUUUAAGACGACAUCACAGAAAUAGUAUCCCAUUUAAUAUGCCAAGGGAGACAGAGGUGAUGAAAAAAUAAAAAGAUGAAAAUUAAGAAUUUAGCCAAAACAAUCUCCAUGUCUAGAUAUAAUCCACUUGAGGGUGAUGAAUGUAAAGAAUAACAGGGAAGGAUAGGAAACUGCAAAGUAUUGUACAAAUACUCAAGAACAUUUAUAAGUUUAAACUAGAGAACCACAACUAUUUUAAGAUUCCCUUUAACCAAUUUUCACCUCUCAUUUAAGUACAAAUCCUUUCACCCAAACCCUGUGACUAUAGAGUUGUGACUUAGUGAUCUUGUUUUACUAAUUUAUAAUAACAAUAAUCGCUCCAGUGUGAUCAAUAAUAUGAUAAUUUUUAUUGUACCAUACAGUGGUCUAGUUAGGUUAUCUACAGUGUGUGCUUCAGCCAGUCAUGUUCGUUUUCCCUUCUUAGGUGUAGCAGACAAAAAAUUAUUAAAAAGAUUAGAAUCCAAUGCCAAAAGAAAGCCAUAAUGUAUCUCUAUUACAUCUUUAAAAAUUUGGAAAGUUUGGAAUAUAGGAAAGUCUAUAAGGAAGAAAAUUCCAUGUCCAUACAUAUGUACCAAUGGUAAAGUUAACAUUAAAGUUCCUUUUAUUUGCAGCUAAGAAAACUCUUCUUAUGAAAUUGUUGAUAUGAAGUAGUGAAGGGAUAAUGGUAAUAUAUAUUUGAAAAAAGUACCACAUCUGUUUAGGCUUCUAAAAUGUAAAAGUAAAUUUAUAUGCCCAAAAAUGAAUAAAUUAAUUUUAAGAUAAUAGCUGCAAAAUAGUAAGUGGAAUUAAAAGAGGAAUGUUCAUUUAAACCUCAAAUUAUUUAUAUAUUUAGUCUGGUUUUUUUUCAUAUUAACGCAUCCAGAUUACAUGAUAUUCAUCUGUGAAAACCUGGGCCCAAUCAAUACAUAACAUUUAAUCAUCUUGAAAACUUUGGUCAUCUGCAACAUGUCAACAGUAUUUAAUGUUGUUUUUUCUACAAGUAAAUGAGAAAAUACAAUUAUUUGUAACCCUUUGCAGCAGUACAUGCCUUGCAUAUUGUAAUGUGAGAGGUGCUCAGGUAAACUGGAGUCAUUAGCAGACAGACAACUAGCAAGUUACUUUACAUUAGAUCUAGCAUUGGUUCACAUAUGUAACAUAGUUUUUGGUCAUCCAUUUCAUCACUAUGUAGUAUUACACAUAGUACUGUAGUUUGUUAAGAAUAUUAUUGCUCAAAUUAGUUUUUAAUGACAUUUACAGGAAUAGUUGGCAAAUAUGCUUUCUCUUUGUAGGGUUGACAGCUCAUGAGGGGACUUCAGCUUUUCCUUGUCGUAUCACUGAUUACACUGAAAGUGGAAGCAAUUUAAUCUUUAUAAAUGGGUAAUAUCUAUCACUUUUUAUCUAUCACUUUCGCUUUUUUCACUAACUGUGCAAUGAAUGUCAGUGAGAAAAAGUAAUUUAAAGAUGCUCUUUAUGAGGUAAACUGUGGCACUUGUUUAAUUGUAGUAAUUUUAUAAGAAUUGCAGAGAAAGGGGGUAAAGGUCAUUACCCUUGUUCUGUUUAGUAAUUGUGGAUUCAGUGGCAACCGAAUUUCUUACUUAGAUUAACACUAGGGAGGAAGUGUUAUAAAAGCAGAUGUUUUCCCCAAAAAGUACAGUUAUCCUUACUCUUUCAAGCCUCAAAAGAGCUAAUAGAACUCGCAGAAAGCUUUAAGGGACCUUAGACCCAGUAGUUUUUGUUUUAGGUAUUUCUGGUCCCAUACAGGAAAAUUAGAAAGUGAUCCCAUAAGUACUAUGGUUAUUUUUCUGUCUGUUAUUAUGUAUUUUAAUGUAUUUGCACACAUGGAAGUUUAAAUACCAAAGGCAUUUAAAGGCCAAUUGACUCAGAUGACACCUGUCAGAUGUUCAGAAAAAAUAUUUUUCUUUGAUUUUUGUCAAUACUUGUGUUCGAGAGGCUAACAAUGCUUCAGGGCAUUUGUCCUUGAAAUGUUUCCUACCCAUUUUCUAUGAUUGGUAAUUCAUCUCUAUUCAGUGACGUCACAAUACUAUUUUGCCUGCCUACAUGUGGCUGAGCAGAACUUGUCCCAUAAAAAAUAGUUAUUUCUUGAUUUUUCUUGCUAUUAUUUGUGAGAAUAUAAUACAGGCAGUCCCCGGCUUAUGACUUUCCGAGGUUAUGACGCUUUUCAAUUAUAUACCAGAUGUUAUUUCCGGGUUUACGACACAUGUUCCAGGGUUACGACACUUACAGCACCAAUUUGGCGGAAGAAAUAUAACUCCAAAAUUGCAAAAUAAUCAAUAUUUGAAGGUUUUUUUUAUGAACAAUGCAAUAAAAAUGCAGUUUACAUAGUUUUUAAUGCACCCAAGGCAUCAAAACUAAGGUUUUCUUAGGAUCUUUGAUGAUUUUCCAGCUUACAAUGAUUUUCGGCUUACGACAUGUCUCAAGAACGGUGGGGAACUGCCUGUACGUAUAUGUCAUUAAAUACAGCAUUACGAAUAUGUGAGCAAAAAUAAAAACUAAAAAAAAAAUAACCAUAAAGUGGCUUAUAUAGGAGGCCAGGCCAAUGAGGAAAAGCUUGAAACUGAAGAGAAAGAAAGGUCAUCUAGUGGAAAUUUGGCUAAAAAACAGUCUUCAACUGUUUGUUGCUCUUUUCAUGGCAGGGGGUGUGAACAUUUUUAGUUCCAAAUAAGAGAAACUAGUAAAACAUCCUGAUUAUGAUGCUAGAGCUGGUUAAUUAACCAGAAGUGUCUGCAAAUACUAUUGCCAAAACUUCACCAAAAAGUUUUCUUGACUUUAGGUGUCUUUUCUCAAAAGUAAAGUUUUACAGCUUAAAAAUUUAUAAGCCUCCGUUAAAUUUGAACUUAGAGAUAAUUCUUUUUGUUUUUUGUUUCUGAAAGGUUCUAGUUUCUUUUUCUCCUCAGUUUACAAUGCAAUUACUUUGACAGUGCAAAAGUUGACAGUAGGCCAUUUAGAACGUAUCAGUGUAGAGCAUAUUAUCAUGGGACAUCCCCUUGGUUUCUUUCUCCUAUUGUCUCCUCUGUCUACUUGAAGAAGACCCGUGUCAGACCUCUCUGCUACACUAUUCAACAGGAAACUAGAGGUCUACUGUUUAUAAGUCCCAGAUCUGUUUGGUGGGUGGAGGAUUCCCCUCUGCAUACAGGGAACAUUCUGGAAGGUUGAACGACAGAGUGCCCCACCACCCUUUCUUGAAACUCCUGAAGACCCAGGAAAGCUAACUUCAACCCUUGAUUGUCCCGUGCGCUCCAUGCCCCUGAGGACAGGAGCUCUUCGAGAUAAGCUCCCAAUCUUUGGAAGAGGGGGCCAGGAACAGGAGCAGAUUCGGAGUGGGUGGAUGGGGAGGAACUCCUAUUGUCAUGCUCAAGAGUCUUAGGAUUACCCUAGUAGCACCUUGUGGCCCCAUACUGAGUGGCCAAGAGAGAUUCCACCUUAGCACAACCUUCUCCCCCAGUCUCAUGUGUAGAGUUACCACCAGUUAGUAGGAUCUUUACAACUUCAUCUCUGGAGUCUGUCCAGUAUCUCUUUCAAGUGAGAGAUCUUUCUUGCAGAGCAGCAGCUCAGAUGGAAGGCUACUUCAGCUGUAUAUAUACAGGAUGAGCCGUCUGCUGCUGCGAUUGGUGUCAACAAAAGGAUUUUUUUCAACUCAGAAUUUCUGUUCAAUAGAUAAUGAAGUCUUGGAUAUUUUCACAGAACAAUGGAAAUUCUUUUUGUUUAUUUUGGUGAGGGGCUACAGGGCUGACUUGUGAUUAGUUCAUCCGAAGGAAGUGACAUCACUACCCUGAGAAUUCUCUUAUGUGGUUGAAGAACUUUGAACAGUCUUGUUUACCUAGGAAACCCAGACCUCCUAUGUGGGAUCUUAGUCUGGUACUGAGUAGUCUCACUCAAGCUCCUUCGAGCCCAUGCGUCGAUCAUCUUAUAGGAAGCUUACUUUGGAAACAGUUUUCCAUCUGACCUUGGCCUCCUUGGAAGAGUUUGAGAGCUCCAGGGUCAGGCUUAUGAUGUAGACUCACAAUGGGUUGUGGUCAGUAUACCUUUCGAAUUUGCCCCGGAAUUUGUGGCCGAGACCUAGAUUUCCCCGGUUCACAAUGACAGCCUGUGGUUUGUUCCUUACGGUGUGGAGUUUAUUAUCAGUAACCUUCAAGGGUUUUUGCUUUGACCUGUCAAAGCACUGCGUUUUUAUCUGAAGUACUCAUCACCUAGAGCUCUGUCUUCCAUACACUAACAAGAGCCUUCCGUAAAGGUAAGAGAGAUGUUAAAUGUUUAUUGAUCCAUUUCUUUAGUCAUUUAUAUUUAUUUCUCGUUUUUUGUAUGUAAAACUGUUUAUUCUUUUUUUUUAUUUUUAUAUGUCUGGAACAUUAAUUGGAUUUACAUUAUUCCUUAUGGGAAUUGUUGUUUCGGGUUUCAUACGUUUCGGACUUUGUGAGACAAUCUGGAAUGGAUUAUGUUCAAAAACCAAGGUUUCACUGUAGUUCUGUUUGACUUCCAUGUAUGCAAUGAAUCUAAACAUGUUUAAUUGUAUUUAAAACCAGUGGACUGAGCGUUAGAUAUCCACAUAUCUAACAAAGGCUUAAGUCGUCCUCUUUAGAAUUUUCAUUUUUAAGAAGAAUCAGGUGCUGAACCUCCACUCAGUUGAGGAUUCUCAUACCUCCCUCCAAGUGUAAGCCUAUCCCACUAUUAAGACUGAAGGUUUGUUCUGCGUAUGAAUAAAUGACAAAUAUUUUAUUAAUUUGUACUUUUCUUAGCUAACAAACCUGAGGUCUUAACAUUGACUGCCCACCUCUAGCCACUCCUCUUAUGUUUCAUCCUAGGUUGGAAGAAAGACUGAUGUGUCACUGGAUUCAAGUGCAGUCUGAAAUAAUGUUUUCCACCUCGACUACGUAUCGGAUGCCACAUGCCGCAGAUUCCUUACAUUUGCAAUUUUUUAUUGCUUUUAACUGGUUUCCAUCUGUCGCCAGAUUUAUUCUACUGUUAAGACCUCAGGUUUGUUAGCUAUGAAAAAUACAACUUAAUUAAAAAAUUUUAUUUUUUCUAUGUCUAUAAUAGUCUGCUUAAUCUAUUAGAACCAAUAGCCAAGAAUAUAAGCAUAAGCAAAUAAUUUAAACCAUUUUAUAAACUUGAAUGUACGUAUAUAGUUUUCAGUAUUAGUACUUAUGAAAAGGAGAUUGAUUUUUAAAUAGAAUAUCCUUGGUAGUUUAAGAAUUAUAAUUUUUCUCAUUUUUUUAUUUAUGUUUUAUAUAAAAUUCAGGUUUGUAUAAUAUCAGCUAAAUAACUAUUUUAACAAUUUUAAUGUAUGAUUAUAGAAUUGAAAAAAAAAUAAAUAUACAGGGGUCAUGAGUCACAGGGUCCCUUAAUACAGAAAACUUACACAUGAGACCGACAUCCAUGUAGCCAUUGCAUAAGUUGGAGAGAGAGAGAGAGAGAGAGAGAGAGAGAGAGAGAGAGAGAGAGAGAGAGAGAGAGAGAGAGAGAGAGAGAGAGAGAGUGUGUGUGUGAGUUUUUGGACUUACUAUAUCCAAACCAAAGGCAGAUCAAGUGUGGGUUUUUCUUUGAUGCCAGAGUAGUACAGAAUGAACUUGACAGCUUUUUUUUCCAAAUUUUGUAAACCCUAUCGUCAGGUUCAUGGGGACAUUUUUUGUUUCCCAUAAAAGAGGAUAUCUGUAUAUCCAGUACAUACACAUAUUUUUCAAGAACUCUCUCAGAGGAAGUGUCUUUGAUGAUAGGCAUUUUUAGGAUAUAAUUGAUAGGGACUUGACCAUCUUACCUCUUUAAAAAGUGAAAUGUGGAGUCGUCUUAGCUUCCUAAAGAUAUUGCUCAAUAAUUUCCAUUUCAUCACUUCACUUAUGGUGUCUAAGAUAUCACAUAAUGGUAUUGGAAUGUGUUAAGAGCCAAGUAAAUCACUGUACCUUGUCAUGACUUUUACUCAAGCAGCCUUAAUUCUGUUAUUAAGCCAUUGCAUGAAAGCUAGCCAUUCAUAAGAUAAAGAUAAGAAAUCAUGAUUUUAUUCAAUAUGUGUGUUAUUCAGUGAGUUUAAAAUAAAUUUUUAAAUUAUUUUGAAUCAUGUCUGUAAUUUUUAAGACAGUUUUAAUGGGUUCUAACAUUAACUUCAUUGUAAAUGAAACUCCUUUAUGGGGAUGGAACUUGCAUUCCAGUAAACAACGAUGAUAAUCUGCACCAGUUUUGAAUGAAUGGAUUAUAAAUGAUCCCGCUUGCAUGAUUGUUUGUUUCAGUGAAUAUUAAAGUUGUCAUGUUAUUUCUUACUUUAAUUAGAUUUUGGCUAUCUAGUUUGAACUAUAUUAACCUAAAGUUUUGAUGGCCAAGUUUGUUCAGGAGAUCCCAGCUUUAACAACAUCUGGAACUUUUUCAGUACAGUACAAAUUUAACCUUCAUAUUAUCUUCAGUUGUCAGAAACAUGAAUUAUGUUGGUUUUAAACCAAACAUUAUUUUAAAUAGAAGCAAAGUAUGUACAUAUUGAGCACAAUACUAAUACUAAACAGCAAUGUUUUUGCACUAUCAUGAAGCUAUAAGUUCUAUAAUGAAAAACUUGUAUAAAUUUGGGACUAGAUUUUACUUGCCAGUUUCUUCAAAACUCAGACUUUCCUUUUGCUUGGGUCUGUAGAUAAAUGUUAUAGGUGAAAGCAUUCACCUAAGUGGUUGAGGGUAAUAUACAGUGCAGCUGCUACAAGUAUUGUUGAAUUUAAUUAUUCACUAUAUGGUAUACUGCAGCUAUGUGCACUUCAACAUUAGAUAUGCUGUAGUUUGUAAUUAAUAUUGCAAUUAACUAGGGUUAUGAAAAAUAUUUUUGUUAUAGAGUGAUGGUACUUUACUGGAAAACAUUUCCUGAAAAUGUUUAAGCAGAUGUCAUAAGUAUUAUUGCCAUCAUAAAAUUAUUUUGUAAACAGGGCUUGGGCCUUCUGAAGAAAAGGAUAUCCAAACUUUGAGUUUGUCUUGAAAGCUGCUUACUAAUAACUAUUGCACUGUCCUCAGCUUCUCUUAUGCCUGUGCUUGAAAAGAAAAAUUAAACCUGUAAUGUACAUUUUAUUGUCCCGACUGUAUAGGAGUUAUUUACUGUAAUGCCCACACAAAAGUAAAUGAUGUACGAGACCUGAUGUCCUUCAAGCAGUAAGUUACGUAAACGAAGUAUGGGACCUGAUAUCCUUCGAACAGUAAAUUGACAGAACAUGCUGGCAAAAAUUAGCAGAUUAUAUUGUUAAUUAAUAAAUGGUAAUUUGUGUCAUGUAUAGUUUUGACAAACUUAAUUUUUGAAUGUUAUGUGUGCAGCAAAUUCAAGGCAUUUUGUUCAUUAGCACCAUAUUAUUGCAAUGUGACUCAUCAAAUCUUCUUUCAUAGACAUGAUAAUUAUUAUUGAUUGAAUGUUCUUUCAUGUGGACUUGAUCAUAUUCAUUAGAUGUAUAUUUACCUAUUAAUGUUUUGUUAAUUUUUUACAUAAAGAUAUUGCUAUUCUUUAUUUAGUGUUGUGAAUACAGUCAUUGCUAUUAGUAGAUUCUAAUGCAAAUUUUUUUAUAUGUGAACAUGUUUGCAUCUUGUUAUUACUGUCUUAUGCAGAUGUAAUAUUCAGAAUCAAAAACUUACCAGUAUGUUCUUCUCUGUGAGUUUUUAAAGUCCUGAUAACUUUUAUCUUGCAAUGUUGUGCAGUAUCUUUUUAAAAAUGAAUAAUAGAUACAAGAUAUCAGAACUCACAAAUAACCUUGUCAGAAAUUCAUAAAUAAAGAUAAAAUGUUUUA